CUGAUGUGUCACCGAGUGGCCCCAGUCCCGGAGCAGGUCGCGAUCCAGAAGCUGAACAGGAACUGAUCGGGAUCUUGUCUCGGAGUGGCUGGUGAUCCAGUCCCGGAGCCGAUCUCAGGAUGUUGCCACUGUUGAAGCAGGUGGCUCUGGGCCAAGGCUCUAUCCGGGCCUACCUCUGGUUCUUCGUCAUUGCCCUGGCCUUGACUGCCAUCAUCAAGGCUGCACUCGGUGCCCUCGACCUGCUGAGGCGUUUCCGGGACAACACCAGGAGGUUGAGGUGUUUUGAAAGUCCGCCCAGGAGGAGCUGGCUGAUGGGGCACCUGGGAAUGGUCAAUCCCGAUGAGGAAGGCAUGAGAAAGAUCGCAGAGCUGGUUUUGACAUUCCCACUCACCAUGAAGACGUGGCUGGGACCAGCUUUGCCACUGAUCUCGCUGUUCCACCCCGAUUACAUUAAGCCUGUCCUGUUGGCAUCAGGUAUUCAGUCAAAGCCCGAGCCGAUGAGUAUUGAGUAAGGUACUGGGAGAGGCUGUGGACACCUCAGUCCUCCCAAGGUACUGACUGAGACAAUCAGAAUGGGAUCCUGUCCAACAGGGAGAGGCAGACAGGCCAAGACAGAGGGAUGGGACAGGCAAGUGG